CUUGUCAUGUGCAUAACUAUUCGUAACCUCUUAUCUGCAACGCAACGAAGGAAAUGCAAUUUCCUCCGUUUAAGAAUCCAUUUCCCGUUAAAAAUAUGCAGCUCGAUAUGUUUAGCUAUCAAUGCAUUAUAUACGCGGCUAUUUUAAAAACGAAGGUUUAGAUCCGGUAGGGAUUAAUUUUCUGCAAGCAAAAGAUGAAGAAGAUGAAAAAAUUUAGGACGAGCUGCAUGCAGAGUCCAAAAAUUUUACCCCAAAAUUGAAAGAGGCCGCUCUCAUGUUAGCAAUAUGAGUAAGUUACCUCGAAUCCAGCUGUUUUUUCGAAUCCGUCUUGCUUUAGUUCCGAGAAGUUGAAAUGCGUGACAACGGCGUUACUUCCUAGAAUUACUAUACUCUGUGUGUUUUUCUGGUUAAAAAAAAAAAAAUCUAUUGCUUUGAGACUGAUUCAAAAGCAUGGAAAGCUGUAAAUCAGGUAYCUAAACUAGAUGUGAUUUUUCAGUAAAUGUAAUCAGGAGCAGAGAAUCUAUGCGAAUUUGGCGCAUCUUGUUUACUGAGAUCGGGUGGCACUCGGCCGGUCAGGCAAACGAAACGGAGUCGAUGGUAGUUCUCAGAAUAACUUACUCUUUGAACUAAGUAUAUCUGAGCUUGAACGAGGAAGGCAGAUCAACCAGGAAGGCAAGACAAUGAUGGUACUUAAUACGUUUUCAUUUCUUUUCCUGGUAUUUGCUGGUCARUGUGUAGUGGGAGAUCCCACCAGUAUGCAAAAGAAACUGAUACAAGGCAAAUUAGGCGGGAAAGCCAAUCUCACCUGCGAUGUAAUAACAGAUUAUCGAAACAUUGUGCUUUUAUUCAAUAAAACGAAAAUCAAGGAAAAGCAAGGAAAGUUCCAGAAAAUGCCUAAUGGGGCCUUUUUACUCAAAAAUAUCCAGCCUUCAGACACUGGUGUUUACAAGUACAAGCAGAAAAGUGAUGACUUAACAUACAUGAACUCCUGCGUUAUAACGCUUCAAAUUAUURAGGAAACAAUAAUACAGAAGCCUGGAUCGACCGUAUCAAUGUCCUGUAAUGUCCCGGAGCCUCCAGAAAAUUGGCAUGAGGUGUCUUGGAAGAGAAAGUACUCUUCAAAGACUGUCACAAUAGUGAAAAAUGGGAGUGUUACUGAGUUUGCAAAGCCACAAAACUUUUUUAGAAGGAUAUCAGCUUUUGGGAAGAAACUCAAGAUAUCAAAUGCGCACAAGGAUGAUUCUGGGAGAUAUACCUGCAUCGUGCAACUCAAGGAAAACCGACCACGUGAAAUGUAUUACAUCAAUUUGGUUGUCAGUAUGCCAUCAACCAUCAAGCCAACGACCAAUGAAGUUAUAUCAACAGGUAACUCCAUCACUUCCACGCCAUCAUAUCCUGCGUCGACAACUGCGAAAAAAACAAAGAGUUGCGCAACAAGAUCGGCUUCAUACCUUCCACUGGCAAUUAUUGUCAUCGUUUCGUUAGCAUUUUGCUUCAUGUGCAUGUGCAGCUAGAUUACUACAUUAUAACUUUAAAUGUCCUUAGUGUAUGUUAUCAUCAUUCCCUGAGGUUCUAGAAACUUGCUCGCUUUAGAGCUUUCCAUUGUGUAUCAGCAUUGUAGCAGAAGCAAAAAUCUUCUUACUUUGAAAGCAUCAUCGAGUACUGAUCGGUCCAGGUCGACAAUGGAACAAGCGGAUAUGUCAUUGAAUUUGUUAUAAGAUCGUCGACCGGCCAUGAGAAAAUGCUGAACAUGAGACAAGUCGUGUAAGGAAAAUAUGAUAUAUCAUUGUGAUAUCUCAUAUAAAGUGUUCUAAGAUCGUCGACCGUUCAUGAGAAAAUGCAGAACAUGAGACAAGUCCUAUAAGGAAAAUGUAUUCUUAGAUAAAAACAGAAACAUUUAGUAGAGUUAUUACUAAACGAGCUUAUCCAGCUGAAAUGUGUUUCCAAUUUCUUCAUUUGGGCGUUUUAAUAUUUUGUUGUCGUAACUAAAUGCUAUAAAAACAUUUUAAUGUUUUUUAUAAAACAUGAACGCUGAAGCAUCCUUCGAAACGCAGAGAAAAAAUGAAAUACCGACUGGAUUUUUUGAUUAUAUUUUAUUUGAAAUCCAAAUCAAAGCCUGUAAAGCUUUUCAGUUAGAUUGUACUAAGCUCAUUGUAUAUGUUAGAUAGGCAUAUCAUUGAUUAAACUGAUCAAUUUGAUCUUAGUAAUAUACUA